AUGAGUCGAAAGCAAAAAGAAACUGCUCUUGAGGAGCGCAAAAUAAUAAUUAAACUUAUCUCUGAAGGUAAAACUUAUAGGAAAGUGGGUAAAAUACUUGGAAGAAGCCACUCGUCCACUCAGUCCAUUAUAAAAAAAUAUAGACACGAGGGAAUAUUAACAAAUGAAGCAGGCAGAGGUAGAAAAAGACUUUUCACGCAAGCAACAGACAAUUUUAUUAUUAGUAAAGUUAAAGCAAACCCCAAGAUUCACAUACCAGAACCGACUAAUCAGAAACCGGAAAUCAUAGAAAAACCUGUUAGUUCAGAAACGGUGCGAAAUGUUUUACGGAGAGCUGAUUUUCACGCCAGAGCACCUAGAAGAAAACCAUUUAUUUCAGAAAAAACCGGAAGCUAA